AGCUUCGAAUUUCGUUAUGAUCAUUCUCGAUUGAACUUCACGCACUUCAUCAUUACCGCCCUUUGUCUCCUUUUGACUGCCUCUACCUUGACGUUUGCUUUCAUUGUCACACAAUUCUAACAACUUCAUUGCACAAAUUCCAUGUCAAAGGCAACUAGAAGCGGGUAAUCUCUAUUCCUUUCUGGUAUUUUCGAGCGUAUGCAUUAAGUAAAUUGAGUGCACACGAGGAAAACAAAGGAGUCCAGGGACAUAAAUUGAGGUCAGACCUGGGUUUUAGUCUCUUCAGAGCUACUUAACACCAUCUCUCCCCGCCAUCGACGUAUUACAAUCUGCAAUAUCGAAAUGUCCCCUGAUCACCUAGAAAGUUGGGUUGAGCAGCAAUACAAUGAAAUCGGUUUUGGCAUUGGCGGCGGUGGUCCAUUUAUUGGAAAGUCUGCCCUCAAACAGAAGUUGAUCAACCGGUACCCAAUGCACAAGCAAAGAAUAAGACAACUGGUUAACGCCAUCAAACACCAAGACCAACCGCGAUCUGUUCAAGCGUCGCAAUCGAGCUCACCUGCAACAGCAAUAUCUUCUCAGGACCGAAAGAUUGCACAGUCUCCACCAACAUCAUCUUCUAAGACAACUUUGCAGUAUGCAGCCCGACCACUAUCAAACCUGGUACCAGCUACUGCUGAGUCUGAAAUGAGUCCCACUGGUAGUCCGAAUUCAGAUUCGGGAUUUGCAUCAUUCUCAAGCGAUACUGAACACCAGAAUGAGAAUGGCCCGAGCCCGAGAAAUGCGCCUACGAUGAAUUUCCAGUGUCAUUCGCCCAAAUCAGAAGAUGGUGGAGCGACAUUGGAGGUCUUCUUGUCAAGUGGUUCGUGGUCUAAGACAAUUACAAAAACUCCAGAGAAGAUGGAAUCUCUUGCGCAAAGCUCUUCAAAUCCAAAGAUCUUGGAGCUCAAGCAAUUUAUCAGUGAAGCGGGAAAUCUGGACACAGCACCGCAAGGCAACACUGAAGAUGCUGAUUCCAUCUUGCGCCUUCAAUUGGCACUCCUUAAUCUACCUUCAGGAGAAGAGGGAACGAUAGAACAAACUUUAAUUGACAAUGUCAAAAACGCUGUGUUAUUUUCCGCUGAUGUGCUCGGACGUUUCGGCCAGAAUGUCCUGCCGCAAUACGGACUUCUUGGAAGCUCCGACCAGACGCCCUCGACUACUGCAUCGGACUCGAGACUGUUCCUCAACACCAACGUUCCAUUCUCAGCAUUUGUUUGCGGAGUACAAGGGAGCGGGAAGUCGCACACAACGGCAUGCAUGGUUGAGAAUUAUCUCAUUCCUUCCCCAAUACUGGGAGUUCUCCAGAAGCCUCUUUCUGCUUUGGUUUUCAACUUCGCCGAAUAUUCUUCUGGUGCGAGCUUCAGACCGUGCGAAUUGGCCUUUCUCGCUUCUCCUGGUUCGCAACUCCCGGGUCAUCUGGGUGUAAAGAAAGUCAAUGUCCUGGUCUCUCCAUCAAACUACCUAUCGCUCAAAAAGCUAUACACCCAGAUACCAGGUGUCACCGUUCAACCUUUCAAGCUGCGCCCAAAAGAUCUGAACAUCAGCACCAUGCUGACGCUAAUGUCUGUCGACCAAACCCAAGCAACACCGCUCUACAUGAGCGUCGUCCGAAAAAUCUUGCGGGACAUGGCAACUCGGACCGCUGGAGCUUUCGAUUAUCGGGAGUUCCGCCGCCGGCUCGACGGUGCGAAGUUGGAUAAGAAGCAAAAGGAGUUCUUGAAUCAACGACUCGAUCUUCUAGAAUCAUAUCUUGAUCUUGUUGUGUCCACUACGAGCCCCAACUUCGCGGCGGGCGAGAUAACUAUCAUAGAUUUGUCUUGUCCGUUUAUGGAUGCUAGCACAGCGUGCGUCCUGUUCAAAAUCGGCAUGGGUUUGUAUCUGGAAUCGGAUUCGACAACCGGUAAACUCAUUGUGCUUGACGAGGCACACAAAUACAUGACCGAUACAAUAGCCUCAAAAGCGCUUACAGAAUCCUUAAUGGGAGUCAUUCGCCAACAACGUCAUUACGGCGCCCGAGUCAUUAUUUCCACCCAGGAGCCGAGUAUCUCGCCCAAACUCAUAGACUUGUGCGCCAUUACCGUCAUGCAUCGGUUCACGAGUCCCGAAUGGCUUGAUGUUCUACAGAAACAUAUCCUGUUCCUAGACAAAGAUGGCGAGAAGGAUAGUAAAUUCGGUCUGCUGAGAGAUAUCAUGAGCUUGAGGACGGGCGAGGCCCUAGUGUUUGCUCCGACGGCGAGAAUUAGGCCAAGUGAUGAGGCUGGAGGAAGGGGAGUUGACGCAGAUGCGUUGUUUAAGAUGAGAAUGCGGAAGAGGGUUACUUGGGAUGGUGGGAGAUCGAUAUGUUGUGUCUGAGUUACUUGGAGUUAGGUGGGGUGGUUGGUGGUGGAGUAUGUAAAUAAUGUAGCACAAAUAAAUGUACGUC